GGAAAAUCGGUCAGAGGGGGAGGGGCAUCCCGUCGGCAGGCGCACAGACAGCAGGCAGCAGCUGCAGGGAGACGAACCGUUAACUCCACUCUGCCUUCAAACAUUAAUACAACGACGUCCUGCCCUUAAGAACACAUACACAGGACACCAACAACGACGUCUAAAAUGGUGGACCGCGAGCAACUGGUGCAAAAAGCCCGGCUGGCCGAGCAGGCGGAGCGGUACGAUGAUAUGGCAGCUGCCAUGAAAUCGGUGACAGAGCUGAAUGAAGCACUAACCAACGAGGAGAGGAACCUGCUCUCUGUGGCCUAUAAGAACGUGGUGGGAGCAAGGCGCUCAUCCUGGCGUGUCAUCUCCAGCAUUGAGCAGAAGACGUCGUCUGACGGCAAUGAGAAGAAGAUCGAGAUGGUCCGGGCCUAUCGGGAAAAGAUCGAGAAAGAGCUGGAGUCCGUGUGCCAGGAUGUGCUCAACCUGCUCGACAACUUCCUGAUCAAGAAUUGCAACGAAACACAGCACGAGAGCAAGGUGUUUUACCUGAAGAUGAAGGGUGACUACUACCGUUACCUGGCCGAGGUGGCCACAGGGGAGAAGAGAGCCGCUGUGGUGGAGUCCUCCGAGAAGUCCUACAGCGAGGCCCACGAGAUCAGCAAGGAGCACAUGCAACCCACCCAUCCCAUCCGCCUGGGUCUGGCCCUUAACUACUCCGUCUUCUACUACGAGAUCCAGAAUGCCCCAGAGCAGGCGUGCCACCUGGCCAAAACCGCCUUUGACGAUGCCAUCGCCGAGCUGGACACCCUCAACGAGGAUUCCUACAAAGACUCCACUCUCAUCAUGCAGCUGCUACGAGACAACUUGACGCUGUGGACGAGCGACCAGCAGGAUGACGAAGGAGGAGAGGGCAACAACUAAAGAAUCUGAAACCUCAAUAUGCCAAAACAACACAACAUGCUCGGUCAUUAUGACAAAAAUACAUAAAAAAAAAUAGUGUUCAAAAAAUCCUAGAAAUUAAAAAAAAUGGGAGGGUGGGACGGGUGGUGAAACAUCAGUGGCUAAUUGAGCUGAUGUUACUAACAUUGCUGCUGUUAUUUUACGAUUUAAAUGAUAAAAAAAAAAGUAGGAGGAGGGAAGACGAUAUUAGUUUGACAAAUAACCAACAAUUAAGAUCCCAACCCUGCCCUUAAUAGCCUCUGACGCAUUUGCCAAACACCACUUUAGAAGAAAGUGGUAUGCCAUUCAUCACAGUGUGGGUUUGAGGUAACGAAACCUUUGGACCUGUGACGACCGGUCCAAUCAUGCAAAUGAAUCUGAGCUGUCCUUAUUGUGAUUAGUGAGGGGUGGAGCAUUAACAAAGAUGAGUCCCCACGCUUACGCAACAAGAAAUUUAACAUAACUUUUGAAUGUCAUGGCAUUGUUUAGUGAUAGAGAGUGAAGGAGACGGCGAUGGGCUUUAGGAGAGGCAAACAUCAAUACACAACGUACGUACGGCGCAUCUUUAGUUUCACCACAUCGUUAUUGCUGAGCGGAAAGCAGGUUGUGUCUGUCACUGAGGAAAACAUUCAAAAAAAAAGAAAAAAAGAAAAAGAAAUAAAUGAAGCGUUUAUAUUUGCUUUGUGUCAGGUGUGUGUCCCACUCACAGUCAUACUGUAACGAAAAAUACAAACUCGUUAAGUAAAGUUAGUGCAGCUUGUUCCUCUCAUGUGCUGAUGUGCUUUAUUGAAUAAAUUAACUGUUUUUGGACACCCAAUUUCUAUUGUCAGUAUUGUUGUUACUGUACCAACUUCCAUUGGGUCGUUUGUAGAGGACUGUUUCGCUACUAUUUGGAUAGCAAUGCCAAAAAAAGUCAAGUUAAAAAUUAGCGUCCGCCAUCUUUCUCGACUUAGGAUCACCGAAUCUGCACAUGUAACUACAGACUUGAUUCGUGAACUCAGUUAGAGCACACACAAAAAAUGUGAGCUGGGAGCUCACGAAGGAGGUACGAGGUUUGUGGAUUCCCUUUGUUUUCACUUUCUUCUGAAUCGAGAAAUGCACUUGCCUACCAUACUGUUUCUUCAGUGUAAGAUGAUAACUGCUCCAGUAUCCUCCAUCAUACAAUAUUGUGCAUGCUGGUGAUGUAUUUAUACAGUAGCUUCAAUUCAUUAACUUAUACUGUAGAUGUUAUGUAUUAUUCUGAACAUGGAAUUACUAGAAUCAGAUUAUUUACUAUUUAUUUCUUUUUAUUGCGAUUGUUAGCUAGCUUAUUUUAAUCUGUGUUUACUCCAUUUGCUGAAGUACGCUAUACCAAACCCGUGAUUGUUAACAAUAAAUUGAUCUGUUACAGACA